CUCUCUGCCCGACUGUCGCUCCGCAGCCAACUCCUCGCCCUUCUGCGGGCCGUCUCCCGUCACCCAAGCGGACGCAGGGAGUCGAGGCCCGGCUUGCGGGGCGCCAUGGAGGGCUGCCGCCUGACGGGCGCCGCGGCGGAGAGGCUGGCUGGCUGAGGUGGACCCGCGCCGGGCGGAGGCAUGCGGAGCCCAGGCGGGAGUCUGCUUCAGGCGCUCCCCCGGCUCCUGCAGCACGUCGUCCGCCCGGGCCGCGCAGAGCUGCCAUCCGGCUGGGCCCUGGUGCGGGCGGCGGGCGGGGACGACUCGGCGGACCGCCUCCCCCGCGGGGGCGGGGCGAGCGCGGCAGCAGCGGCGGCGGCGGCCUCGGGCGCCCUGCUCGGCGCCUAUCUGGAGCGCCACGGUCAGCCCGCGGCCUCUGAGGUGCCGGCGCCGGGCGGGGCCUUGGCGGGCGGCCCCGGGAGCAGCGGCGGCGGCGGCGUGGUGGUCGGGGUGGCCGAGGUGAGAAACUGGCGCUGCUGCUGCCUCGGCAGCACCUGUUGGUGCCGGAGCCUCGUGCUGGUCUGUGUGCUGGCCGCCCUGUGCUUCGCUUCCCUGGCCCUGGUCCGCCGCUACCUGCAGCACCUCCUGCUCUGGGUGGAGAGCCUUGACUCGCUGCUGGGGGUCCUGCUCUUCGUUGUGGGCUUCAUCGUGGUCUCAUUUCCCUGCGGCUGGGGCUACAUCGUGCUCAACGUAGCCGCCGGCUACCUGUAUGGCUUCGUACUGGGCAUGGGUCUGAUGGUGGUGGGCGUCCUCAUCGGCACCUUCAUCGCCCAUGUGGUCUGCAAGCGGCUGCUCACCGCCUGGGUGGCCGCCAAGAUCCAGAGUAGCGAGAAGCUGAGCGCUGUUAUUCGCGUCGUGGAGGGAGGAAGCGGCCUGAAGGUGGUGGCGCUGGCCAGAUUGACCCCCAUACCUUUUGGGCUUCAGAAUGCAGUGUUUUCGAUUACUGAUCUCUCAUUACCCAACUAUCUGAUGGCAUCUUCAGUUGGACUGCUUCCUACCCAGCUUCUGAAUUCUUACUUGGGUACCACCCUGCGGACAAUGGAAGAUGUCAUUGCAGAACAGAGUGUUAGUGGAUAUUUUGUUUUUUGUUUACAGAUUAUUAUAAGUAUAGGCCUCAUGUUUUAUGUAGUUCACCGAGCUCAAGUGGAAUUGAAUGCAGCUAUUGUAGCUUGCGAAAUGGAACUGAAAACCUCUCUGGUUAAAGGCAAUCAACCAAAUUCGAGUGGCUCUUCAUUCUACAGCAAGAGGACCCUAACAUUUUCUGGAGGUGGAAUCAAUAUUGUAUGAUUCUAAAGAAAUGUAUGAUUGUCAAGAGCCUAUUGUGCUGUCCAAGGUCUAACAGUCACUUCCCUAGUGGGCAGAGACAAGUUCUAUUUGUAUUACGGCACAAACAAAACUGACUAGUUUUUAAUUGCACAGUUUUUUUAAAAAGCAAGAAUCAUUUUCUGGAUAUGUAAGUGUAAAUGUAGAUGCAAUUUUGGCUGCACCUCUUUCUCAUGCCUGUAAUGGCCUAUAGGUCUGCACUUUAGUGUUUUUUAAUUAUUUUAUUUCUGGGUACUUAUGAACAGAGAAAUAACCCAAAUAUUUUUUCUGCUUAGUGUCUUUAUUUAUAAAGUAUACAUCUUCUUUACUUAUAAAGCUGAGUUAAAGUAUGCAGUCUUAAAUGUGUAAUAUUAUUGGAUGUUCUUUGCUUAGUCUUUCCAGAAAGAAUAAACAGUGUUUUUUUUGUUGUGUUAAGUGGGACCAUUUUGUUUUCCUUUUCUGUGUUAGAAAAAAGACAUUAAUUUUCAGUUGAAUGUAUUUUUGCAAGCAUCACAUUAUUGCAGGGUCAUUUACACCUUUUCACACAAGCUUAAAUCCUACAUUGUGGGACUGAAGUGCUCUUAAAAUAAUCUUUUUAUUUUCACUGUGUAAUAUGCAAAGCAAAAGGGAAAUUAUUUAGUGGGUGGUGGCUGAAAAUUAGAACUCAUGUUCUAGUUUGAUUACAUUGGCUGUACCCUCCUUAGAUCUUCCAUCAAAGGGCUGUCCCAUUGCAAUCUUACUAAAACAUUUAUUAAAAUAGACGUUUUUCCUUUUUAUAAUAAUAAUUAGGCUUUGAAAUAAAAAUAUUAUUCCUUUAAAAUGGUGGGCUUGCCAUCAUUGAAGAUGUCACUCAGGUGGCCUUGUUUAGCAUUUUUUAAAAAUCAAGCUUUAAAAUCAUCUUUAUAGUUCCAUGGAAGUACUUAUAUAUCUGUCUCAUAGUUUUCAGCUUUAGAACUCUAAAUAUAAUAGUAACUUAAUUCCCAGAUUUGUGUUAUUUGCCCUAUUAUAGGUAAGUUUAUUUUGUUUUGUUUUAGUACAUGUUUUUCUCUGAUAAGACUCAGGAAUUCUGAAAUGUGAAAUUAAGUGUCUCAAUUCUUUCUCUUGUAGCAUGAAUUAAUAUAUUUAUUAGUAGCACUUAUGAUUAUUGACACAAUAAUUCAGCAUAUGAUUCAUAUGACGUGCAACAUUCAUCAGUCACCUCUAUUUUAAAGUAAUUUAAUUGUAAACUUAAUGAUUAGUUUAUUUACAAAUGAGAUUUUAGAUAUUAGUGCAAAUUUUCCAGUAGGUAGCUCUUUUUUGGCUAUGAAUAUUUGACUUAUCAGAGAUCUCUCAUUUGCCUAUUAAUUAGGGUGACACCUUUGCCCUGAUUAAUUAAAAUACAAAGUAAUUAUUUGAAAACAAAUUAUUAUAUUCCUAUGCUAGAGAAGAAUUUAAUCAUAAGGUUUUUUUUUGCCCUAUUCAUUAUAAUUGUUUUUCUUUCCUUCAUAAUGAGUAAAUUAUCUUUAAGUAAUGGUAGAAGACUUCAGUUGCACAAUAUUCUGAGAGGCACUUAGAUCUCAGCACUUGAUUGGCCUCCAAAUCCUUCCUUCUAUUAUUGGUAGAAAAAAAAUUAUAUAAAUAUUGAAAUAUCCUUAUUCUUCUUUUGAGUCCUAAUGCUUAUUUACGUUUUUAAAAAAAAUUGAGUUUAGCUCAACAAUUCCAGUGAACAAUAUAUUUUAUUUAUUCUUUUCUGUCUGACAUGGCAGUGUUUUUCUUGUGCAUCUUUGCUUGUUGGUUAAUUUUGGUUAAAGGAACCAUUACUGAAGAUCACUGUUUCCAUACUUGUUUUAUACUUCAUGUAUUUUGAAGUACAUUUAUUUACUUUUAGUAUUUGUGACUUGAAAACUUCACCAAAAUUGAGUACCUUUUGGUAGUUUGUAGUGGGUUCUUUAAAAUGUUAUACUUUGCUUGGUACUUGUAUUAAAUAUGUAAAGGUAAAAGAAAUAAUUUUUCUGUAUUCUGCCAAUCAUUUUAUAUAAUAAAUCAUUCAUUUUUUCUUAAAACAGUAUGAAUUGACUGUUUCUAAAAUACUGAUCUAUAGCUGCAGUUCCCCUUUAGUAUUUGCAGCCUCUAAGAAAACAGCAACCCCCUCACGGUCAAGCUAUUUGACAGGUAGAUUUGGUUGCUGGGUGUUUGGGUUAUACUCAUUAUCAGUUGUGCAAAGCAUCACCAUGCCUUAUUCACUGUGUCUUUAAUGCUGCGUCCCAGACAUGGCAGCAACACGUUUCUAGAGAAUACUUUAAUGUUGCACAAAUAUUGUCUCCAGUCAUUAUAUAUGUAUUAAAUGUUUCCAGUCACAUGUAUUUGUAGAAAUGAAAAUGCUUUAUAAUGAAAAAUGCUUUAUACUCAUUUUAAAGAGCAUAUGAUCCAUCUAAUUUCCAAAUCUGAUGAAUGGUAUGUUUUUAUCUUUAAUUGUUUGGGCUUUUCCAUAAGUUUUCCAUAUUCUGGUUUAUUGAUAAUUUUGUUUACAUUUUGCCAAAUUUUGUCAUGUACAUUACUUUAAUAGCACCUCCUUUUAAAAACGUAUAUAUAAUUUACUGUUUUCAUGUCCAUUUCUAUUGGAUUAUCUGAUGUGCAACAACUUGAAAUUUGUACUCCUUGUUUUGCAAAAAUAAUAUAACCAAAUCUCCAUCAUUAGAAUCUGCAUUUUGAGUUUAUGUUCAGAAGAGACUGGAUUUAUUCAAUGCCAGCCAUACUUGCCCCUGAUGCAUUAUGUAACCAGCUACAAACCUUUCUAAGGUGGCUUUGAAUAGAAUUAGGUAUACAACUAAUAGAUUCCUUCCUCCCUGUGAGGUGAUUAAGUUCAGUCAUUACUCCUAUUUGCCCUUUAUAUAACUCAGCUAACUGGUUAAAGUAGCAUAUAUCCCCAGCAUUGCUGUUUGUCGAUGUGCAGUGCUGAAUUGGACUACUCUUGGGGAGAGAGUGCUGUGACUUAAAUUUGUCAAUAUUUGUAAGCUGUGAAGCUGUCUUUAGAAUGCUUGAGAAAGUCACUAGGUAUGUUCCAGGUUGGUUAUGUUAUGGUAAAUCAUGCCAUUCAUUUUGCAGAGAAAAAGAUGAUUGUACUGCCCUCAGGAACAAAGGUCUGACCCAGGUUGAUAGCCUUAGUGGUAGAAUUUUGUUUCAGCCAGAGGCUAUUGACUGUCUCAGAGUGAUGGUCAGUAUUAUAUUGUCCAGAUUUUAGAUCGGAUGUUGCUGAUUUCUGUUGUAAUAAAGUUUUUAAUAUAUAAUUUGCUUUAAGGUCAUUGCUUUAAACUGAAAAGCCAUUUAAAAAGGGAAAAGAAUCACUGUUUCACAGGAUAUUUAAAACUCAGGAGUCAAUAAGCUCACACAUUUAACAUAAACUUUUAACUUAUUCCACAACUCAAUUAUAACUUGGUACUUCUGAACUACAAAGUGAUUGCUGCAAAUUAUUUUCAAAGGUGGCUGAAGAUUGAAAGUAGAAAGUUCUAAAUGUGAAAUCAGCAAAUGUCUUGAAUAAUUGGUAUCCCAAAUCACUUGUGUGCCUGAGAAAAUAAAAAGUAAUAUUUUA